AUGACCGAGGCCGUGCUCCUUCCACUGCGUUUCCUUGCACAAUUUGAGGCCAUCUGGUACUUCUUGGGCGCAGCAGUCUUGGUCGGUGCAUUCUUUGGGAUUGCGCUGCAUUUUGUGGGCCGUGUGUUGACAGUGGUCAUUCCGGACCGCGAACCCCUGCCCAAAGAUACGGCACCUACAGGCCACGAUGCGGUGUCGUACAGAGCUGCACGCCGGGAAAAGAAGCAGAAGGAUUUCGCCAAGCAGCAACGACUGGCCACCCAGGCAAGACUCAUGGCGUCCCAACCAUUACUCCAGGAAGCUGUUCGCGAAGCCCGACAUCAUAUAACCGUUCCUGCCCCAGCCUCUUCGACUAGCAGUCCGUUGAGUCCGGGAACGCAGCGGCAUGCACUAUUACGUGAGACAAUCCUCGAACACACCGACGAGGAAGAUGACGACUCGAUUUUUUAG